AUGGAGUCGGUCAUUGACGAGGCGUUCGAGGUGCAAGUGCUGCAGCCGUUUCACGGCUGGACGUUCGAGCGCUUUUGUGACCGCAGCGGCAACACCUACCCCGCCCUCACGCGCGCGGCCGUGCAUGUCUCAGGACGCGUCGACCGCUUGAAUGGCGUCCAAGAGACGCCGUCCCUUGAAGUGGGGGCGCUCGAGUCGGCUUCGGACUGGAUGUGGAGUCACGCGUGGAUGGUCGACAGCGAGUACACGCAGUGCGACGACGAAGGCUGGACGUACGGCUCGUCCAUCCCACGCAUGAACUGUCGCCUCGCAGCUGGCACGAGCAAGAGCAAACGCGGCUAUUACCAUUUGUUACGACGACGACGGUGGAUCCGCACGCGCGUCCGGACGCCGCUGGCGCUCACGAGCAGCGAGCAGCACGACACGAGCAGCUGCAGGUUGGCUGAAGACGCACGGCGGACGGUGAUGGAUGAGAGCGAGUUGAAACGACUGGCGGGGAAAGCUCGACGUGUGAUUAAUCGAUAUUAUCGCGUCUCUCAAGGGACAUUUAAAGCGUAUUUGCUGUCGCACAUGGCGUCGGUGGAUCGACCGUCACAGUUUAUACGAGUGGAUUUUACCGAUGAUGAUGUACAGAAAGAGGGGUGGCUGGGGAUACGAGGGACGCUUGCACGUAGUUGGAAACUGCGCUAUUUCUUGUUACGAUGGGAUUCCAGCAGUCUCGUGUGUCUAAGAGAUCGGACGUCCAUGGUGCAAGUGUCGGAAGAACUGAUUGAUCGACAUACGACGUUGCUCGUGGAAGAAGAGGCGAAGCCACGGCAGUUUCACUUUUCGAUCUGUAAUGGCGAGCGCACGUUGCAAUUGAAUGCGGUCGAUGGCACGUCGCGUGCGUCGUGGAUCUCAGCUCUCAGUGAGUUGAUUGUCCGUAGUCGCGCGUCAUUUUUUGCCGCCGAUGAGUCGGAAAGUGGCUCGAGAAGUCGAAGUUUUCGACGGAUGCGCUCGUCCACAGAAGAGGACGGGUCGGUUGUUACGGCCCCGGUGGCUGAUGAGAUGAAUGGAGAAAGCAGUGGUACGAAACGAAAGCUCGCGCGUGGAGCGUGGAGACCGUACAAAUUCAUCUCGUCGACAAUGCAGUCGAAGUGCAACACGGACGCGCGUUGUCGUCGUGAUUACGCGAAACAAUUUAGCGAAGAUCUCAACGUAAAGACUAAGAUGGCUGCUGCAUUUAUAGCUGAAAAUAUCGAUAUCCUGGAGGAGAAUCUGUGUUUUGCACAGGAGUACCUGCCGUCCGCGAUGUCGUCGGUGCCAAAGAGAGAGAUUUGGAGAUUGCGGACGGAAGCAGAUGCGACGAUUGAGGCGUUUCGAGCCUGCGCGAUUGCAUCGCUUGUCUCGGGUCGGACCAGUGUGCUCGGGUGUAACAUGCUGCUGAAAGAGCUGUAUCUGCUUGUCCGACGACUUCAGGAGAGCGUCAUAUCGCUCGCGCCAUCUCAAGAGCACGCAACGAUUAAGAAGAUUGUGGCCGAAUCGCCAGCGAAGCGCCGAAUUCCGCUCGAUUGGUUUACGGAAGGCGUGUCCGUGGAAAAGGGACAGCAGCCCCCCAGCUCGAGUGACGAGAGCUCGUUGUCUACAAGCACGUCGAUUUCGACUGCUGGAAAGUUGGAGUUGUCAUACACGUCGGGUUCUUCGCUCGAGAUGAAGAUACCAAAUUCUGUGUUAUUAUCAAGGCACGACAAGCGAAGUUUGUCUGUCCCCGAGUCAAAUCGCUCAACCAGUACUGUGGCUAGCCACUACGGUCAUAGCUUACGCGCAUGUGACGCAAUCAGGAUAAAGCCGUACACUGUGAUGCCAUCAGCAUUAUGUGAGGGUCAUUUCGACCUCCCUGAUGGUGUCAAUGGAUACGUCGUGAAGGUUCACGAAAAAGACAUUGGUUCAUUGAUAGGAUACACUCUUUGCUCGACUGCGUACAUCGAGCAGCUGGAAGCACAUUUUGAGAAAAGAGUGAACAUUGCGGAAGAACUGCUUGCACCAGAUUGUGUUACUACUAAUAGCAGCGAAGCAUUUGUACCAUCAUCAGAGCCUCAAAGUGAAGAGAUUGUCAUGGAUGUUGCGACGUCGGCAGGCAUAACGUCUCCGAGCUCACGCACCUCGACUACCGCGCCACCAGCGACAACCGUUGACGCGAAGAGGUUAAUUUAUUUGGCCAAGUUGCGCUCAACGGACCUGCAGCAUACUUCUAUGAAGUUUGCCUACGCGACUGGCUCGACAACGCACGAGUUCCACUGUGUGGCAUACUUUGCGGCACAGUUUCAUGCGCUCCGUGCACUCAUAGUUCCGGGCAAUAUGGAGUUUUUGAAUUCGAUUAUUGAGAGCAAGCGCUGGAGUACGACUGGUGGUAAAUCCGGCGCGUUCUUUUCGAUGACUCACGACAAGCGUUACGUACUGAAGGGCAUAUCAUUGACCGAGUUCAACAUGUUUGUUCACAUGGCGCCAAAGUAUUUCAAGUUUAUUUCACGAGUGGUGGAGGUUCCGACGCCGACGGUGAUUACGAAGAUUGUUGGCUUGUUCAAGCUGAGUCAGAGUGGACGAGUACUGAAGCAUACGGAAUACGUGGUGAUCAUGGAAAACUUUUCGUAUGGAUUUCCGCCAGGGCAAAUGUAUGAUUUGAAGGGAAUACUCCGCCGUCGGUACAAUCCAUCGACUCGAGAUAACGUGGACCAUCAUGAUUUUUUCAACAGCGUCUCGAACGUGCAAGUCUCGAUGAAUCAGCCAGUAUUGCUGGACGGCAAUUUCUCGGAGCGCACUCCUGUGCCGGUAUCGCAGCCAGAACUAGAGAUCAUUGAGGCUGCCAUCCAGAACGACAUUGGGUUCUUAUACCGUGCAGGCGUUAUCGAUUACUCACUGUUGCUUCGCUUUGAUGAAGAGAAACGGCAAGUUGUCGUAGGACUGAUUGACUAUUUGCAUCAGUUUGACUUUUUGAAAAAGAUGGAGUCUACGUCGAAAGCAAGCUUGACUUUCCGUAACCCGACGGUAAUCAGCCCGAUUUCUUAUCGCCGUCGAUUCAUGAAUGCUGUGAAUCGCUAUUUUGUCGGCAUUGAAAAGGAGCUAGAGAUCCGGAUGCGUAGGCGUUGUGGACACAAGACGAAGCCGGUCAUGUUGUGUGCAAACGGGACUCGCACUGUUUCGUCUACCGGGGUGAUUGCUAAUACUGCAAACAGGUCAACUUCCACGGCUGCGCAUACAGAGGCACGGACAGACGAGGAGGUACACGCCGAUGUCGCAGCACGACUCGCAAACAACAUGUCGCUUACAAGCGAGUGUUCUUCUGUAAUUUCGGAGCAAUCUCCAGUCAAGUCGGAGUACCACUUGCCGACGUAUGAUUGUAACUGGACCAGCACGAGACCGCGAGGGCAUUCGAUGUCGCAUAUGUCCGACCACGACGUCAGUUGCGAUAGCAAACCGCAGAGUGACUACGCAUGCGAUAACAGCUCGCCCCGCUCGUUGUACGAAUAUGCAUCGGUGGAGAAAGACUGUUUGGCUACUCCACACAGCGAAAGCACAAUUCUGGAAGAGCGUUGUUCAUGA